GCUGCCGUAGUCCAACCGGAGUGUUAAAAGUAGCACAAAAUGAAAGCUCUCGACUGAUUUAACAGUUUAAUACCGCACAGACAAGGACGCUACUCCGCUGGAUAUAUCUUAUUAUUGUCAUUGUCAUCUCCCCCCCCCCCCCAUUUUGUGACUGGAGGAGACACACACACUCGGCCGUCGGGGCCUCGCCGUCGUGGCCCAGCAGGACUCUCGAGUGAAGUUGGGAGCGGACCGCCAAACUUCUGCUUUCCUCCGGGGCUGCUCUCCGCGGGGCCCGGGGCUCCUGUCACCGGCCCUGUGGAUGAGUACGUGAACCAAAAAAACACACACCAAACCCCCCCUUUCCCAGGAGAAAGGAGUCCCUUUGAUGGGAGAGUCCUCUUUCCUGGCCUCCUGGGUCAAUCGCAGUGCCACAAUGAUGAAUGAGCAGGAGGCGCUGAACUCGAUCAUGCAGGACUUGGCCGAACUGCACCGCUCCAGCCGUCCUGCCAUGUUCCUGUCGGACCUCGGAAAGCCCAAAGCCUCCUCGCCCAAGAACCAGAACGAUGUACGAGUCAAGUUCGAGUUCAAAGGGGAAAAGAGGAUCCUGCAGUUCCCUCGACCGGUCAAGCUGGACGACCUGAAGGCGAAAGCUAAAGUGGCUUUCGGUCAGACGAUGGACCUUCACUACACCAACAACGAGUUGGUGAUUCCUCUGACGACUCAGGACGACCUGGACAAAGCCGUAGAGCUGCUGGAUCGCAGCGUUCACAUGAAGAGCCUGAAGAUCCUCCUGGUGCUCCAGAUCUCCUCACAGAACUCUUCCUCCAACAUGGACCUCCUGCCGUCCGAGGAGCUGGACAACACGGGGUUCAGGGUGGCGGACAAGAAGAGCAUGCUGGCUUUAAUAGGCUCCCAGUCGACGGACCGCAGCUCUCCUCCGCCGGGUUACAUCCCCGACGCUCUGCAGCAGGUAGCGAGAAACGGCUCCUUCACCAGCAUCAACAGCGAGGGAGAGUUCAUCCCCGAGAGCAUGGACCAGAUGUUGGACCCGCUGUCUAUGAGCAGUCCGGAGAACUCAGCGUCUGGAAGUUGUCCCUCGUUAGACAGUCCGUUAGACAGUGAUUACCCGAAGUCAAGGAUGCCCCGAGCACAGAGUUACCCAGACAACCACCAGGACUUCCCAGAGUACGACAUCCCAGUGUUUGAGAAGUCGGGUAAAGGAGGGACGUAUCCACGGCGAUACGGCAUUCCCUUCGGCCUUCAGGAUUACAGCGACGGGAGGAAGACUUUCCCUCGGGCUCGGCGGACGCAGGUUCACGGCUUCCGCUCGCCGGUCAGCUUCAGCCCGACCGAGCAGUCGCCCAGCACCAGCAGCGGCAGCAGCGUGUUCACCCCCGACCUGGAGGAAGCUCCGGGUCCCGCCAGGCGGCCGCGGCGAGGCAGCGACAUCGAGCCCAACCCGAACCCCAACGCAGCCCCGACCCUGUCCGUCAUGGAUAUCAGUCCGCCCAGCCGCUCUCCUCGCGCUCCGACCAACUGGCGGCUCGGGAAGCUUCUGGGUCAAGGCGCCUUCGGUCGGGUUUUCCUCUGUUACGACGCAGAUACUGGACGGGAACUGGCCGUAAAACAGGUCCAGUUUGACCCGGAGAGUCCGGAGACCAGCAAGGAGGUGAGCGCCUUGGAGUGUGAAAUCCAGCUCCUGAAGAACUUGUGCCACGAGCGGAUCGUCCAGUACUACGGCUGCCUGCGAGACACGAUGGAGAGAACGCUGUCCAUCUUCAUGGAGUACAUGCCUGGAGGAUCCAUUAAAGAUCAGCUGAAGUCGUACGGAGCGCUGACGGAGAACGUGACGCGCCGCUACACCCGUCAGAUCCUGGAGGGAGUUUCCUACCUGCACAGCAACAUGAUCGUCCACAGAGACAUCAAAGGGGCAAACAUCCUUCGGGACUCGGUGGGAAACGUGAAGCUCGGAGACUUCGGAGCGAGUCGGCGGCUGCAGACCAUCUGUCUGUCAGGAACAGGCAUCAAAUCGGUGACCGGCACCCCCUACUGGAUGAGCCCGGAAGUGAUCAGCGGAGAGGGAUACGGCAGGAAGGCUGACAUCUGGAGUGUCGGCUGCACCGUAGUGGAGAUGCUGACCCAGCGACCCCCGUGGGCAGAGUUCGAGGCCAUGGCCGCCAUCUUUAAGAUCGCCACUCAGCCCACGAACCCCGUGCUGCCCGCUCACGUGUCGGACCACUGCCGAGACUUCCUCAAACGCAUCUUUGUAGAGACCAAGCAGCGGCCGUCUGCCGAUGAGCUACUGAGGCACAUCUUUGUACAUUAACCCCCACCU